AUGGAGGCGCCGCCGAGGGCCCGGCUGGCCGGCGGGGGAGCGGCUGCGGGGGCCGGCCGGGGGCUCCUGGCCCCGGCCCGGCUGCUGCUGCUGCUGCUGCUGCUCUUCGCGGCCGCCGGGGCUGCCCCGGAGCUGAGUCCGCGCGGGAGGAACGUCUGUCCGGCGCCGGGGUCCUCUGGAUUUGUUUGCUGCCCAGGAUGGAGACAGCAAGAGGAGGAGUGCCCGAUAGCCGUCUGCGAGGGCAACUUCACCUGCACGGACAACGAGGUGUGUGUGAGACCCAACGAGUGCCGCUGUCGCCACGGCUAUUUUGGGGCCAACUGCGAAACCAAGUGUCCCCGACUCUUUUGGGGUCCAGACUGCAAGGAGCUAUGCAACUGCUACCCCAACGGGCAGUGUGAGGACGUGACGGGCCAGUGCACCUGUAACGCCAACCGCUGGGGGCCUCGGUGUGAGAACGUCUGUCUGUGCAAGCACGGCAAGUGUGAUCAGAAGACGGGCAAGUGCUCCUGCGAGCCGAACUGGUGGGGGGCCCAGUGCGCCAGCGCCUGCUACUGCAGCCUCAACUCGCAGUGCGAUCAGAAGACAGGCCUCUGCAUCUGCCAGCCGGGCUGGUGGGGGCGCACCUGCAACAAUCAGUGCGCCUGCAGCACCUCGCCCUGCGAACAGUUCACGGGGCGCUGCCAGUGCCGGAGCCGGACCUUCGGCCCUCGCUGCGACCGCUACUGUCAGUGCCACAUGGGGAAGUGCAACCAGGUGGACGGGACCUGCACCUGUGAACCGGGCUACCGGGGCAAGUUCUGCCGGGAGGCCUGUCCGGCCGGCUUCUACGGACAAGGCUGCAGGCGACGGUGCGGUCAGUGCAAGGAGCUGCAGCCGUGUACAAUUGUGGACGGCCGUUGCCUGGCCUGCGAAGCUGGUUGGAACGGCACCAGGUGUGACCAGAUCUGCUCCCUGGGCUUUUAUGGCGAGGGCUGUGAGCAGUCCUGCCCCCCCUGCAAGGACGGCCACACCUGCAACCACAUCAACGGCAAGUGUUCCCACUGCAAUCCAGGCUGGAUCGGAGACAGAUGCGAGACCAAAUGCCGCAAUGGGACGUACGGCGAGAACUGCGCCUUCGUCUGCAGCAGCUGUUUUAACGGGGAAUGCCACUUUGAGACCGGGAAGUGCCUCUGCCGGGCCGGAUUCCACGGGAUGUUCUGCAACCUCACCUGCCCAGCUGGCCAUUAUGGUGCAAACUGCGCUCAGCUAUGCGACUGCCACGAGGACUCCUGCAACCCCUUCACCGGCAUGUGCCACAUGGAGGCCAAUCAGCGGAUGGGAGUGAUUGGCGCCGGAGUCCUUCUGAUCUUCCUGCUCUGCCUCCUCCUCUCCCUGUUGUCCUGCUGCUGCAUUUGCCGCAAAAAGGAUCGGGCCCGGGACAUCCGCCAGGACUUGGCUCGUAAAAAAUCCUCAAGGCGCCUUUGCGGACAGUUCAGUCAAAUCAGCUUGAAGUUGCCUCGCAUCCCCCUUCGCCGUCAGAAGUUGCCAAAAGUUGUAG